AUGAGCGCUACGGCCUACAUCUGGCGUUCCCGCAUCGCGGGCUACCCCAUCCUUGAAGGAAAUAUGAACGAACAGCGAGAAUUUGCAAAGAAACAGCAGGGAGUUCGGAAGAAGGAAAGGCAACUGGUCAUCACUGGUGAUGUCGCCUACCCCGUGACGUCGGCGUACCGGUACAUUGCACCAACCUUGAAUAUCACCUUCGCUAUGGCCGGUCGGUUUGACCAGCACAGCUCCAGACGGAGUCCGAUUCCGAAGCGUGGCGGCGAGGUCAAGACGAACCCUAACCUCGGCGCUUAUUGUGAUAUUGUCCCGCAGCAACGAUUGUUGAGAAAUGGAGCUAGCGAGGUAAACUGA